CUGGCGACUGACCUCGCGUUUGCAGCAGGGGCAUUCUAUGAGCCGGGCAGUCGCAGCACUCGCAAUCUUCUCGCUAUCCAAAUCUAUACGGACAUCGGCGUUACCGGCGAGUACAUCAGCAUCACGCCCGCCACGCGCGAGCAGAUACAGAUGAUCGCGCCGUUCCUCAUUGGCAAGAACGCUCUGGACCGCGAGUUGUUCUAUCGUCAGGCGAAGAUGAUUCUUCGCAAGCACGACCGCAUGGGCAUUGGGCCCAUCGACAUCACGCUGUGGGACCUCGCGGGCAAGCUUUUCGAUGCGCCGAUUCACCAACUGCUGGGCGGCUAUCGUGAGAAGUUGCCGUGCUACGCAAGCACAUACCACGCAGACCGUUCGCCCGGUGGGCUGAGUUCGCCGGAAGCCUAUGCGGAAUUCGCCGAGCAGUGCCUUGAAAUUGGGUACAAGGGCUUCAAGAUUCAUUCGUGGGCUGCCGCGCCUAUCGAGCGUGAGAUUGCCACGAUAAAUGCAGUCGGCAAGCGGGUGGGCGGCAAGAUGGCGAUGAUGACCGAUCCGUGCUGCGUCUAUGACACCUAUGGGGAUGCGCUGCGUGUCGGACUUGCCUGCGACGACAACGGCUUCUUCUGGUAUGAAGACCCAAUGAAUGACGGUGGUGUAUCGCUUCAAGCUCACAAGCGGCUGCGGCAAUCGCUGAAGACACCGCUGCUUCAGGGCGAGCACGUGCAUAUGGUCGAGGGGCAUACGGACAUGGCUGUGGCGGAGGCGACGGACUUCUGGCGCGCAGACCCCGAAUACGACGGCGGCAUCACGGGCGUGAUGAAGAUAGCGCAUGCUGCUGAGGGCUUCGGAAUGGAUGUGGAAUUGCACAUCGCCGGGCCCGCGCAGCGGCAUUGCAUGGCUGCGAUGCGCAACUCCAACUUCUACGAGAUGGGUCUGGUACAUCCGAAGCUGAGGACAUGGAUGCCGGUGUACAAGUGCGACUAUGCGGACGGGCUGGAGGCUAUCGACGCGGAUGGCUGCGUUACGGUGCCGUCCGGUCCUGGACUUGGCGUGGAGUACGACUGGGAGGGGAUCGCGAAGUACAAGGAUGGCGAGAUCGUCAUCGAGUAG